GCCCAGCGGCCCCAUGCUGGAGGAGGUGAAGCUCGCCGAGAUAAAACUAUGGGAUGCUCUAUUCCUUGCUGGAACAGCUUAUCUUUCAGACUGGUGUCUGUUUGCUUACUGUGUGCAUCAGUUGGAAAGCAAUGUCAGAUCAGAAAUACAAUGGCAGAUUGUAGUCACCUAAAGCUGACACAAAUUCCUUCUGAUCUUCCAAAAAACAUAACAGGCUUGGACAUUUCCCAUAAUCAGCUAAAAAAGCUAGUUCCUGAAAAUCUGACCGAGUACAGCAAUCUGAUUUACUUAAAUGCAGGAUACAACAUCAUCUCUAAACUGCAACCAGGAUUGUGCAAAAGUUUGCCCCUGUUGCAAAUCUUGAAGCUAGAACACAAUCAAUUGCACGAACUCCCUGAUGGAGUGUUUGCUUCCUGCAGCAACCUGACUGAGCUCAAUCUAGGAUAUAACAUCAUAGAAGUAAAAAAUGAUCCUUUCAAAACCCUGGAGAACUUGAAUAUUUUGGAUCUAUCUCAUAAUCAUUUGAAGUCAGCAAAUUUAGGUUUGCAGCAACAGCUGAAGAACCUUCGUGAGCUUGUGUUGUACAGCAACCAAAUCACUGAGUUAAACAAGGAAGACUUGAAAUUUCUUAGCAACACUUCAUUGAAUAGCCUUGAUUUGUCAUCAAAUCCCCUGAAAGAGUUUCACACAGGAUGUUUACAUGCAAUUGGAAAUCUGUUUGGCCUUAUACUGAACAAUGUUGAACUUGGUGAAAAUCGUACAAAGACACUUUGUACAGAAUUAUCAGACACAGCAAUUCAGAACCUCUCACUGAGCCAUGUGAAGCUUUCGCACAUUAACAGGUUAACUCUCCAGGGACUGCAAGGAACAAACCUCACAGUUUUAAACCUUUCAAAAAAUUCUCUCUCUGUGAUAGAGGAUGACUCAUUUCAGUGGCUGUCAAAAUUAGAGUACUUAAACUUGGAGGAUAAUAACAUCAUUAAUGUGUCUUCGCAUUUAUUUUAUGGAUUGUCCAGCAUUACACAUCUGAAUCUGAUAAACUCACUUACUGGGAAAAUUGAAGAUUUUUCCUUCCAAUGGUUACACCACUUGGAGUACCUUAUAAUGGAUAAUAACAAUUUUCCACGGAUUACCACUAACAUGUUCACAGGUCUGAAAAACCUGAAAUAUCUAAGUCUUUAUAACUGCAACACAAACUUACAAAGAAUAACUAAUAAAACAUUUGUAUCACUUGCUAAUUCCAGCUUGCAGGUUCUCAAUCUUACAAAAACAAGAAUCUCUACAGUAGAAAGUGGGGCAUUUUCCUCCUUGGGACAACUGAAAAUUCUUGAUCUUGGUCUCAAUGAAAUUAAUCAAGAGCUCACAGGUCAUGAGUUUGAAGGUCUCAAUAAUAUAGAAUAUAUUUAUCUUUCUUACAACAAAAAUGUGACUUUGCGAAGUGAAUCAUUUAUUUUUGUUCCAAGUCUUAGAAAACUGAUGUUAAGGAAGGUAGGUUGCAAUAAUCUGGCAAUUUCUCCUUCACCUUUUCAUCCACUGCGGAAUCUGACUGUCCUAGACAUCAGCAAUAACAACAUAGCAAACAUAAAGGAAGACUUGUUCAAUGGACUUCAUGAACUCGAUAUUCUGAAUUUGCAGCACAAUAAUUUAGCUCGACUUUGGAAAUGUGCAAACCCAGGAGGACCUGUUCUUUUUUUAAAAGACGUUCCCAACUUGCAUAUUCUUAAUUUAAAAUCAAAUGGCUUUGAUGAGAUUCCAGUUCAUGUUUUCAAGGGUCUGCAUCAGUUAAAAGACUUGGAUUUAGGAUCAAAUAAUUUGAAUUUGCUGCCAGCGACUUUAUUUGAUCACCAAACCUCUCUAAAUACGUUGAACCUUCAGAAAAAUCUAAUAACCUCAGUUGAAGAAAACGUGUUUGGUCCAGCUUUCAAGAGCCUGAGAACACUAGAGAUGGAUUUCAAUCCAUUUGAUUGCACCUGUGAAAGCAUUUCUUGGUUUGCUAGUUGGCUAAACGACACUCAAGCAUAUAUACCCGGAUUGCAGUCUCAGUACAUUUGUAACACCCCACCUAAAUAUCACGGUACUCUGGUGUUGCAUUUUGAUACCUCAGCCUGCAAGGACAGUGCUCCAUUUAAGCUUCUGUUUUUGAUCACUACCACUGUUGUGAUGCAAUUCAUGUUCAUUGUUCUUCUCAUCCAUUUUGAAGGGUGGAGAAUAGCUUUCUACUGGAAUAUUUCUAUAAAUCGAAUACUUGGCUUUAAAGAGCUUGACAGACUACCGGGAGUGUUUGAUUAUGAUGCCUAUGUUAUUCAUGCAAGAAAGGACACAAAUUGGGUGUUGACAAACUUCACCUCUCUGGAAGAAAAUGAGCAAUUUCAAGUUAAGUUUUGUCUAGAAGAACGAGACUUCGAAGCAGGAAUAUCUGAGUUUGAAGCUAUAAUUAACUGCAUAAGAAGGAGCAGGAAGAUUAUUUUUAUUGUGACUGAACAUCUCUUACAGGAUCCAUGGUGCAGGAAGUUUAAGGUGCAUCAUGCUUUACAGCAAGCUAUUGAGCAAAGUCGAGACUCCAUCAUACUGAUCUUUCUUCAUAAUAUACAAGAUUACAAGUUGAAUCAUGCACUUUGCUUGAGAAGAGGAAUGUUCAGAUCUUGCUGCAUCUUGAACUGGCCAGUUCAGAAGGAAAGAAUCAAUGCAUUUCAUCAGCAGUUAAUGAUGGCACUUAAAUCUAAUAGUAAAGUGCGCUGAAUUCAGUUUUCUGAUGUUAGAAAACUAGCAGGUCUUCAGUAAAAACUGAGAAAAAAAAAAGUUUGUCAUAAUGGAAUAAGUCACUGAAGGUUGCUAAUUUAUAUUUACUUGUCUAAGUUCAUGUACUUGCCGAUAUUGUAGUUCACCUGCACUGAAGUAAUCACAAUUGAUAGUCAUUUCAGUAUGUGCUUCAACAACGUGAGAAAUUCUGAAAAGCGGUGAGAAUGACUGAAGUCCUAGAAAAAAUAUCCAUCUGAUGUAAUGCAGAAAAGCCGCGGACUCUCUACUUUAAAAGCGUAUAUAGAAGAGAAUGCAAUGAUAGAAUUUCAAAUCCUGUCUAGAAAGGAGAAUGGACACUACCACUUGUUUUUAAAUCUCGAAGGAAAAUAAAUAGAAAACAAACUUGAAAUUUUUUCUGUAUGAAGCACAAUAGCAUGGAAAUGAUUUCUAUAGUUGAAGCCUUUGAAAAGGGAUAAAUCCGGUGGAAUUCUUUAGUGUAAUUUAUUAUACAUUCAUUUGGUAUUUUCUUCCUUAAAAUACUUUACAGAAAACUUGGGGUAGUUAACAAUUGCAUAGCAUUAAGGUUCAAACUUAUAAGCUAGUACCUUGAUCUGGAGAGAGCUGAGAAUCAGCAAAGCAUGCUCCAAAAUGUUGUUUAUCGUGUUUGAUGCUCAUUGCAAUUCUGUGGAGAGUUUUAGCACAAUUUAUUGUGAAGUAGACUUUAGACAGUUGUUUGAAUAUUCCUAUUAAUGUUUAAUUUUUUCUCUGAUGGUUGUUGUUGUCUUUCUUUUUUUCUUUCUUUUUUUUUUUUUAAGUUGUUCGAUCUUUCAUUAACUCAGGAAUAUUUUUGCUUUUACUUUUUGUUCCCCCCUAGCAUUUCCAUCAUCAAUUUCAAUACUACCAUUAUGCCAAGAACUCUAUUCUACUGCUUUAGAAAAUAGAUUUCAAAGAGUUUAACACUUAAACUUUUAAGCAGCUUUUUUAUGAUCUGUACAUACAGAUUAAAAAUUUCAGUAGGUUCCUGUGUCCCGUGAUAAUAAAAUAGAAAUGAAUAAUACUGAAAUAUAAAUUUAAUGAACUGGGUUUUGCACGCACUGGAAGAGCUGAAAGCAAAGUAGACUACUUUUACUGGCCCAGGAAGUCCUGAAGUGAAAACAAAAGGCUUUGUUUACAGAUGAAGUGAUAGAUGAUGAUUCCCUAAUUACAGUAAUAGGAUUAUCCCAUUGUGAUGCUUUCAUCUCAUCUUUCGGUCCUUUUCAGGCUAAGUGACAAAUUCUCUCUUCGUGCAUAGGCCGUGAAAGCUGAGGAGGCAAGGUGGUAAGGAUGGGGUGCCAGGGCUGCACCUUGUCAAUCGUUUUUUCUCUUAUUCAAAGACCAACACGUGAAAGGGUGCUUAUGUUUCCUAACCCCGCAAUAGCAAAAUACAGCAGAAUUUCUCAUUUCACCUCAACAUGAAUUGUUUAGGAUAUCUUAGCAUUUCACAUGUAUAUUAAGUUGCAAAAAUUUACAGAGAAACUCUGAGGACAAACUGAUAUGAGAAAUCAAAUCAAAUGAUCAAAUGGUCUUUUCUGGCCCUUAAACUGAUAAAUGACAGCUUGUCUAAAUUCUAUAAAGAUACCCUUGUAAUCACAACUUCCCACUAAAUUGAUCUCUGAACAGUGGAUAGAUGUGUUAUGGAUACUUUUGCAAUAUAGCUAAUGCAAACUAAGUGCAAUUGCUUGUAAAUGAUAAUCAAUUUAAAUGAUAAAAGUAUGACAGUGUUCUAAAUAUUUUAGUUUUGACACUCAGUUUAAAAUAAUUAAUUGAGAAAAAAAUACAUUGUAAAUGAUCACAAUGAGAAUUAGAGUAAUGUUAAAAAAAAAAAAAGAAAGAAUUAAGCACAGGGUCAAUAGUAAAACAUGAAUAUAUUUGACAUAACAUUUUUGUACAACGCUUCCCUGUUUGCCUGGUCUUCCUUGUUCUACUCCUACAUAUUUGUUUGACAGUAUUAUUGAGGGUGAAUAAAUGGGCUUACCUACCGUGGUGAAUAGUUUUAAAUCCUUUCAGGAUUAACACGCUACAUCUGAACUGCCCAGAUUCUAUACAGUGGGGGGCAUCAGGCCACAUUAUAGUGAUUUGCUGAGAAGACAGAGAUCAAAUGAGUGAAAAGCAGUACCACAGUCGUAGCGUAAAAGAUACUAUCUCAGACUAAAGAGGAAUGAUCUGUAUUAAAAUCAGGAUAUCUAAAGAGCUGGAAUGCUUGAGUGAGGUAGAAUGUUCAGGUUUGUAGAGCUGAGUUGGAACCUCUCUAUGCUGUGGUUCUUGGAUUAUGGGGAGUAGUGAGCGAGUUCAUGACGUUCAUAAUAGAUUCUGUUUCAGAGUAAAUGAAUGAAUCUUCAUGAAUCUCUUUUACUGAAGAAGUGCAUUAGGGCUCUAAGUUCCCAAAUGAGGGAUGUUCAGCUAUGACAAAUGUUGCAUACCAAAAAUGUUUUGGUAAAUUUCAUUGUGACAGGGUGAGGAGUAGAUGCAAAUCUGGAUGCCUUUCUGGACCUUUUCUUCCUAGUCCCUUCCCUUCUUUCUUGUAGUCCCCUUUAGAUAGUGAAGUUUUUUUUUGAUGUGUGGUCCUGGUCUUUUAUAUAUAUACGGGGAAGUGUGGAACCCUUCAGCCUGUGCUGCUCUUCUGGUUGCUGCCAUAGGCCAUGUCACAGUCACAGUCACAAUCACAUAGCUGUCACAGUCUAAGCUGGCACGUUGUUUCCCUCUACCAUAACACUGGCCAUGAGUGUGCCCAGGUUGCUGCUGGUACAACUAUGCUUCUCUCUGUACAGACAGACAGCUCUACAAUGCUAGAGCAGUGUUUGCCCCAACCCACACAGGCUUUUGUUCCUGACCCUGCUGCUCUCCCAGUCACAGGGGCUGGGCUGAUGCCAUCUUUGUACAUGGGUGCUUCCUGCUGCAGCUGCCUGGUGUGCUGUGAAAGGCUGCUGGAGGAGUCACUCGCCCUACUUGCCUCUUAGUCUUUCCUUGUGCAGAUAGGAGUGCAGUGGAUGAAGAAAGGGCUUGAAGUGGGGCACUGACAAGCUGUCAGCUGAUUUCUAUCCCUCACGGUGAGGUGGACUUUUAAUUAAAGGGAAAAUGUCGUCUUU